UCCAGUGACUACUGACUGUAUGUUUCUUUAUCAUUUGAGUGAGCACAUUCACAUAUGUUUAAAAUUCACAGAUUUUGAUUCCAGUUUUACUCUGUAAAAGACUUUCCCAAACCAGAACAAGAAGUUUGGCAAAAUAAAAUACUUUGAUCAGCAUAUGGAAAGAUUGCAGGGCUCCAAUGUACAAAUUUACGAUCCACUUACCAUCUGUGUUUAAAACCACUGAGUCACAGUUACUGCUCUCUCUGUUUGUGUCCUCACCCCCCUUCUAUCUAACCCACCCGCUAGAUAACUCUAAGUUACAGGUGUGCUUUCUCACAACUUUGACAUAUCACCAUCCACCUGACACAUCUGACCUUGAACUCACCCAUAAAAGGCCGAUGCAGUGCACAACUGUGCCACAGACAGCAAACAGAACACCGAUCAUUCCCAAGCAAAGAUGAAGACUUCCAUGGUCUUCUCGCUGGUACUGAUACUCUGCCAUCUUUGCAGAGCUCAGAAACACAGCAGUGACAUAGAUUUCUUGCUUCACGCUGUCGGGAGCUGGGAAGAGAAGGCUCAGACACUGAGAUCCAGGACUGAAGCUGAGGGAGGUGAACAAGAGCUGGUGCUUCAGUCUGACAUUUGGGUUGAGCUGAGGAAUCUGAGAGACAUGGUGGUGGAGCAGAGAGUGGAGCUGAAGCACCUCACGACCAGAGUAAUAACUGCUGAAGGUCUGGUGGAGUCCCUGCAGAAGCAGAAUACAGCCGCCGAGGCCAGGAUCACCGCUGCUGAAAGCUUGGCAGAGGAAUUACAGAUGGAGAAUGACGCUCAAGCUACAGAGCUUGCAGUCACUCAGCAGAAGCUCAGCUCUCUGCAGCAAAGAUUGACAGUCAGUGAACGUCGCAUGGAGGAGCUGGAGAAACAGCAGGAAGGACAGAAGGCGGCAGUGCAGGAACUCCAAAAUACCAAUAAAGUGAGAAAAGUGGCCUUUUCUGCCUCCCUUCUGGCAUCUGGUGAAGGUAAUACAGACAAUGAAGACAUUGUUCCACUCAUCUACAAAAAUGUCUUUACCAACAUUGGAAACCACUACAACCCAAACACAGGUUACUUCACUGCACCAGUAAGAGGAGUGUAUUACUUCAGAUUUACUGGUCAUGCAGCACACUCGGGUUCAUUUAUGAGAAUGGAACUUGUCAAGAAUGGACAUCUCAUAGUUACUGCAGGUGACAGAGAAACCAUAUCCGUAGAUCUUGAGGACAAUGCGUCCAAUGGUGCAGUGGUGCAGUUGGAAGUGGGAGAUGUGGUCUCGGUACAACAUGCGGGAGAGGUUUGGGAUGACCAGUACCACAGAACAACAUUUAGUGGCUUUCUGCUCUUUCUACACUAAGGGCCCAAUUUGUGUAAUUUCACCAAUCAUUUAUAAAAAGUAUACUAAUAACAGCACAAAAUGACAAUUUCCAGAUCUACAAAUACUAAUCUUUUUAAAUGCAGCUAUGUCAUUUUUCUUGCAUUUUGAGUUCCUGGAAGCUUUAUAGGUAGUUAAACUGACAAAAUGAUAAGUCAGAUUUAUGUGGGGUAAAACAGUUUUAAAGGUGCUAAACAAAGACAAAAAAAGCAUGCAUAGAAAGUAAGAAAUAAUUCAGCAAAAUGAACCUGGACUCAAAUGAAUACAAAGUAAAGAAUAAGUGAUUUAAGGACAGAUAUUUUACUAUCAUGGUCUUUUGAGAAGUCUUUUAAAGCCCUACCCAAGGCCGGAUUAAUUUGCCAAAGGGCUCCAGAGCAAGGGUUAGGGGUUAUCCAACCUUGGCCCCACAGUGCCACUUUACCAGAGAGUACUGUAAGUUACAUCUAACCUGCCCAUGUUUUUUGAGGUUUCAAUAAUUGGACACAAUGAAAAAAGGUGCCACAGUUUUAGUGGAAGAAGUGUACAUGGAGUCUUACAACAUCCCUGCAGCAAAUUGUAAGAAAAUGUCAUAUUUGUAUCAAAACCAUAAUAAAAGACAACCAUCCAACCAAGUCCU